AACUUUGCUUUCGACAGAGUGAGUUAAUUAUCUAAUAAAAGCAAGGUUUAGUAAAAAUAUGGAAUAACUAAGACACUGAAUUGUACUUUACACAUGUUCGCAACAGAUGAACAUUUACUUUCAAUUUGAAGUGUUCGGAGAAAUUACUAAAGUCUAUGCGGCACUGCAAAUAAUCUCAAUCGCCACUUUGGUCACACAUGGUGCACAAAUACCAACAGCAACGAAAGAAGCCCUGUCAGAAUUGGAUGCUGCCGCUGAAGCGUCCGAUUCCUUCUCCACAUCGAAAUCCAGCAUUGAACCCACAGUGCGAAUAAAGUGUUUGAGCGGUUCCAUGUUGAUUACAAUCAAAGAUGCGCCGUUAAAUCAUGAGACUGGCCUAUUUAGUGGCAUGAUUUACCCUAAGGGGCUGUCGAAGAAUUCGACAUGUCUUACUGAGUACAGGGAUCAUGAUGGCCCAUUGAGAUACAAGUUACCRUUACGCAGUUGUAAUACCAUGCCACAAGAAACGGAUGACGGUGGCAUUGAGUUCUUCAAUACCAUUGUCCUGCAACCACAUUUGAAACUCAUCACCGACGCCGGUCGCGGCUAUCAUGUGCGCUGCUCGUAUAAGAGUCGUGAUGCAGCGACUAGCACGCCAAAGAAGAAGCAUGGACAACGCCGCAAAGCGAACAGUGGCAAGCAUGCGCAAAAGCCACAAGCCUUUCGUAGCGCUGAAACGGCAGCUGUGGGGGGGGGUAGCGAUCGUCGCGAUUAUGGACGCUCAUUGGAUAAGUAUCGCGCCACAGGCGAUGACUUCGAUCAGGAAGACGUCUACGACGGUGACGACAGCGAUGAUGCUGUGGAUGCCGGCAAUCAAGAAGACGAUAGUCUCAACGAGAUACCGAUGCCCGGUUGCCAUAUGAAAAUCUACAAUUCCGAGCAUAAAAUUGCUGAUGAUGUGAAAAUUGGUGAUCCGCUGACGAUUGUCAUCAGUAUUGACAAACAGGAGCUGUACGGUCUGCAUGUGGCCGAUUGUAUUGUGCGCGACGGUUUAGGUUGGGGUGAGCAGCGGCUGUUGGGCGAUGAUGGUUGCCCGAUGGACAAUGAGAUUAUGGGCCAAUUCAACUAUACCAGCGAUCACUUGGCGGCCAAUGUUACCUUCCCGGCACAUAAGUUCCCCUACACCACAUCCGUGUACUAUCAGUGCAAUGUGCAUUUGUGCGCCCUGCAGGAUCCCGAGUGCCAAAUGCCUCCUACGUGCAGCGGCAAACGACCGAAACGACAAACUAACAACGAUAACAAAGACGAAGACGGUCAACCGGCCACCAUCGAAGUCUACUCCGGUCUGUAUGUGAACGAGAAUGUGGAUGUGUCCGAAGGCGAUGAUGAUACAGUGCUCAAGGAGCGGACACUUGAGAAUGCGUUGUGCGUGUCGCAGCGCACCUUCGCCAUUGCCAUAGCAGUCGCCGGUCUCAUAUUGAUGUUGGCCGUCGUUGCCGCCGUACUCUGCAUUAUGGCCCGAAGGAGCACGAAGAGUGUGUCGAAUUCGGGCAGCUCCAUUUACAGUGGUCCCUAUACGAAUACAGCGUUCUCGCAUAGCAGUUAAAUGCAAUACGCAUACAUACAUAUGUAGUUAGAUUGCUAAUGUGAACACACAAACACACAUACACACAUUUCAAAUGAGAU